UAGAUGGCUAGAUGCUUACACCGGGGACGGCCUGAGAUCAGAUUGGUGGUUAGUUAGCGUAAAAGAUGGAGAAGGCGGCGAAGCCAAGGGGCCGACUGUGUACCCUCUGUAACGAAAAACGCGCCGCGCUUAAACGCCCUAAAACCCUUGAACAAAUAUGCAGGGAGUGUUUUUACGCAGUGUUUGAAGAUGAGAUUCAUAGGGUUAUUGUGGAUAACCAGCUUUUCAAGCCUGGGGAACGUAUAGCUAUUGGAGCUUCCGGUGGAAAAGAUUCAACAGUGCUUGCAUAUGUAAUGUCAGAGUUGAACCGUAGACACAAAUAUGGAUUGGAUCUCUUCUUACUAUCAGUGGAUGAAGGCAUAACUGGUUACAGAGACGACUCUCUUGAAACAGUCAAAAGAAAUGAAUUACAGUAUGGACUUCCUCUAAAAGUAGUUUCCUACAGCGAAUUGUAUGGUUGGACAAUGGAUGAAAUAGUGAAAUUGAUAGGCUUGAAGAAUAAUUGCACAUUUUGUGGUGUUUUUCGUCGGCAGGCUCUUGAUCGAGGUUCUGCGUUGCUAAAGGUAGACAAGCUUGUUACCGGACAUAAUGCAGAUGAUAUUGCUGAAACAGUCCUUUUAAAUAUUUUACGAGGUGAUAUUGCAAGGUUGAGUAGAUGCACAUCUAUAAUUACUGGAGAAGACGGGCCAAUACCAAGAUGCAAGCCUUUCAAAUACACAUAUGAGAAGGAAAUUGUCAUGUACGCAUACUUUAAAAAGCUGGACUACUUCUCUACAGAGUGUAUUUAUUCCCCUAAUGCUUACCGUGGCUUUGCUCGUGAGUUCAUUAAAGAUUUAGAAAGAAUAAGACCAAGAGCCAUUCUUGACAUUAUCAAAUCAGGUGAGGACUUUCGGAUCUCCACCUCUACAAAGAUGCCAGAACAAGGAAAUUGUGAAAGAUGUGGUUAUAUAUCCAGCCAGAAAUGGUGCAAAGCAUGUGUCUUGCUUGAGGGCCUCAAUCGUGGCUUGCCGAAGUUAGGCAUUGGGCGGAGUCGAGAUCUUGAUAACAAACGUAAUACUAACAUGAAACAAGCUAAUGGAACACAAAAUUUACAGAGCAAACAGUGUGGAAGCUUGGACUUUUGAAUCAUCAUAUAACUGUAUAAUCGUUGUAUGAAUUCUCAGUGGUGAUCAUUGCGAUCUUUGGUUGAAACAGCUAAAAGAACGGCUUUAAUUCAGGGUACUGCAUUAACUAUGUAUCCGAGUUUGUUGCAUUUAUGGAGGUCUGAAAGAAGCCUCCUAAGUCCAUCCUGCAAUUUUAUUCAAAAGCUUUUAAUAACGUUCUUUUCAAUUA